CGUCCGUCGGUCGGUUGGGUAGUCUGUCCGCGCGCGGAGAGCCCAGCGCCCCGCCGCGCGGCCAGGGAGGGAAAGGGCGCGGAGGCGGGACCGCGGCUCCCUCCCACUCCGGGGGGAGCCCAGGAGGCGGCGGUGCUGAAGCGUGAGCCGGAGAAGGAGGCAGAACCGGGGAGAGGCGGUGGCGAGCGCGAGUGGGGUGGGGCGUGCCCACGGGCCCCCGCCCCCCUCGUCCCCCAGCCCAGCUCGGGAGCCGCAGCCCGGAUCGGGGCCGGGAGUAACCGCCGCACCCCUCCCCCGUGCGUUCUUCGAGCCACCGGGGCCUUCCAGGACGCCGUGGACCUGGGUGGGGGGGUGGACAACGGGGACAGGGACGCCCCCUUCAGCGGGAGCCGUCGGGGGGCGGGGGGGGCGGACCUGAGACAAGGCCAGCAGCCCCCCUGGAGCCAGGCGCAGGGUCUGCGAGCGCAGAGGGCCGGCAGGGCGCUGCGGAGAAGGCAGGCUGGGGCCCGGCCUCCUCCGGGGGUGACAGGCCCUGCCGCGGCCAGUAGGAACGGGGGGACCAGCAGGAAAGAGCCCGGACCUAGAGUAGAGGCGGCUGCCUCACCCCCUCGUCUGAGCCUGGAGGGAGCCCGGGAUUGAGAGCACCGUUUCCCCCUCCUAAGAAAGACACUUGCCAGAACACACCUAACCGGAGACAGCUCUGAGGGGAAGGGAUCUUGGAGCCUGGAACAUUCCCCCCCACCCCCAGCCCGGAACACUCCUGUAACUGAGGCCUGCGGGCCUGAGAGGGGCCGGGAGGACGUAAAGGAGGCCGGACAGUCCUUGCUGCCCUCCCUGGAGUGAGAGGAAGCUCCCCUCCACCCCUGCCGCCAGCUCCCAGGCCCAGGAGGAGCUGGGUAGGGAAGAAGGGGGUCCUGGCCCCUCCGGCGGCAGCGGCCAUGUCACGGCCAGGCCAGGGAGUGAUGAUGCCGGUGAACGGGCUGGGCUUCCCACCGCAGAACGUGGCCCGGGUGGUGGUGUGGGAGUGGCUGAAUGAACACAGCCGCUGGCGGCCCUACACGGCCACCGUGUGCCACCACAUUGAGAACGUGCUCAAGGAGGAUGCCCGGGGCUCCGUGGUCCUGGGACAAGUGGACGCCCAGCUGGUGCCCUACAUCAUUGACCUUCAGUCCAUGCACCAGUUUCGCCAGGACACAGGCACCAUGCGGCCAGUGCGGCGCAACUUCUACGACCCGUCGUCGGCGCCAGGCAAGGGCAUCGUGUGGGAAUGGGAGAACGACGGCGGCGCGUGGACGGCCUACGACAUGGACAUCUGCAUCACCAUCCAGAACGCCUACGAGAAGCAGCACCCGUGGCUCGACCUCUCGUCGCUCGGCUUCUGCUACCUCAUCUACUUCAACAGCAUGUCGCAGAUGAACCGCCAGACGCGCCGGCGGCGCCGCCUGCGCCGCCGCCUGGACCUCGCCUACCCGCUCACCGUCGGCUCCAUCCCCAAGUCGCAGUCGUGGCCUGUGGGCGCCAGUUCGGGCCAGCCCUGCUCGUGCCAGCAGUGCCUGCUGGUCAACAGCACGCGCGCCGCUUCCAACGCCAUCCUGGCCUCGCAGCGCCGCAAGGCGCCCCCCGCGCCCCCGCCGCCCCAGCCGCCUCCGGGAGGACCAGCGGGCACGCUCGCCGUGCGCCCCAGCGCCACCUUCGCCGGCGCCGCGCUCUGGGCCGCGCCCGCCGCCGGCCCCGCCGAGCCCGCGCAGCCCCCUGGUGCGCCCCCACGGAGCCCGAGCGCCCCCGGCGGCACGCCCACCCCGGGGCAGAACAACCUCAACCGGCCCGGGCCCCAGCGCGCCACCAGCGUGAGCGCACGCGCCUCCAUCCCGCCGGGGGUCCCCGCCCUCCCGGUGAAGAACUUGAAUGGUACAGGGCCAGUCCACCCAGCCCUGGCAGGGAUGACUGGGAUCCUGCUCUGCGCCGCGGGGCUGCCCGUCUGCCUGACCCGGGCCCCCAAGCCCAUCCUGCACCCACCGCCGGUGAGCAAGAGCGACGUCAAGCCCGUGCCUGGCGUGCCCGGGGUGUGCCGCAAGACCAAGAAGAAGCACCUGAAGAAGAGUAAGAACCCUGAAGAUGUGGUUCGAAGGUACAUGCAGAAGGUGAAGAAUCCACCUGAUGAGGACUGCACCAUCUGCAUGGAGCGGCUGGUCACGGCCUCUGGCUACGAGGGCGUGCUUCGGCACAAGGGUGUGCGACCUGAGCUCGUGGGCCGCCUGGGCCGCUGUGGCCACAUGUACCACCUGCUGUGCCUCGUGGCCAUGUACUCCAAUGGCAACAAGGAUGGCAGCCUGCAGUGCCCCACCUGCAAGGCCAUCUACGGGGAGAAGACGGGCACUCAGCCUCCCGGGAAGAUGGAGUUUCACCUCAUCCCUCACUCGCUGCCCGGUUUCGCUGACACCCAGACCAUCCGCAUCGUCUACGACAUCCCCACCGGCAUCCAGGGCCCUGAGCACCCCAACCCAGGCAAGAAGUUCACUGCAAGAGGCUUCCCACGCCACUGCUACCUGCCCAACAACGAGAAGGGCCGGAAGGUGCUGAGGUUGCUCAUCACCGCCUGGGAACGGAGACUCAUCUUCACCAUAGGGACGUCCAACACCACAGGCGAGUCGGACACCGUGGUGUGGAAUGAGAUCCACCACAAGACCGAGUUUGGAUCCAACCUGACGGGCCAUGGCUACCCGGACGCUAGCUACCUAGACAACGUGCUGGCGGAGCUCACAGCCCAGGGUGUGUCUGAGGCUGUGGCCAAGGCCUGAGGUCCGAGGCUACCCACCUUCCCUCCUGCUUUGCCCCUGGUCCGGCACAUGCCUCCCUCCGCCCGCCGGGUGUGUCCUGGCGGCCCAGGUUCAGGGCUGGGGAGGAGCCUGCAGGAGGAGCCAGGAGCGUUCCGGGGAUUUGGCUGGUAGCAGUUGGGAUGAUGGGAGGAUGGCAGGCCAGCCGGCUUCGACCCUAGCUCUUUGAGAGUGUCGCAAGGGUCUACCGGAAAACAUAGCAACCUCCCUACUAAAAAGACAGAGCCCCACCCCCUCACACAAACACACGUGUCCUGUUGAACACAUGCACGCACACCCACGUGCCUCUACUUACCCCCAGACUGGGGGGGAAGAGACAGAAAGACCCCUGUGAUACCCCAUGUGGAUUCCCAUCUGUGUCUCUAUCGCAUCUGCAUAGGCUUGUCUGCAAGCAGGGGCUCAGGGCUAGCACCUGGGGGCCCAAUGGGGCUCCAGGAGAAAAGGGGCCAUUUGGGAAGCUCAGUCUCCCCCCAUCUCUGCCACCCACUAAUGGCCCACGGGGUGGAAGCCCCCAGAUUAUUCAGCAGUUUUGCAAAAGGGCAGGCCAGGGAGACAGACUAGAAGAAUCUUAUUUUGUGCUUAUGUCUCUUCAUCCUUCUGGGACCCUGACCUCCUCCCCUCCCAUCCCCAAGCCUAUGUCUGUCCCUGAUAAAGGCACUGUUUUCCUUUCCUCCCCACCCCAUUCUCUCCACCAAAUCACUCCCAACAUCAAGAUCCAAAGGCUGGAGCUUCUGGCUUCAGGAGCGAGACAAAGAGGCCUGGCUUAGGCCAGCAGGUUUAAAAAGCAGACCAGACAGCAAAGAGUCCAUUUCCCUUUCCUCGGGAGUGGGCAGUGGGGUGGCUGAUAGCCUCGGCCAACCAGGGGCCUGUUGCUCAGGCAACUCACCAGCUCCGCCUCUGUUGAUUGGCUGCCAUGGUGGAAGUCAGCCAAGAUUUAAAGGGACGCCAGCGAUUGCUCUUUUGAAAAUCUUACCAGUCCCACUGUGGGUGGAGAAAUAAAUGGUCUUUCUCCUCCUCAA